ACCUUCAAACAACUUCCUGUUUGUGUAUUAGCGGAUAUGAAGGAGUUUUUCCGCUGUUCUCAUUCCUCUCUGUCCCAAUUCUACUGUUGAUUUAAUACGUGAGUAAAACUGAGGACUAAAGAUGUCUGAAACCGGGAACCGACUACGGAAGCUUCUCGAAUCGCCCAAUUUCGACCCGCAAAGCUACGUGAAGCAGCUGUCCCAGCAGUCCGACGGAGACAGAGACCUGCAGGAGCAUCGGCAGAAAAUCCAGAAUCUGGCCGACGAAACGGCCCAGAAUCUCAAAAAGAAUGUUUACAAGAACUACAGGCAGUUCAUCGAGACGGCCAAAGAAAUCUCAUACCUGGAGAGCGAGAUGUACCAGCUGAGCCACAUCCUGACUGAGCAGAAGAGCAUCAUGGAGAGCAUCACUCAGUCCCUGCUCUCCACGGAUAAAGAUGAGACCUCCAAGGAGAUGCAGGCAGCUUUCCCCAAGGAGACAGAGGAGCUGAAGCAGAGGACGCUCACCUCCCUGCUGGAGAAGGUGGAAGGAGCAAAGAACAUCAUGGACAUCCCGGGGAGACACCUGGUCUACAAUGGAGACCUGGUGGAGUUUGACGUGGACAACAUGUCGCCCAUCCAGAAGGUUCACGCUUUCCUCAUGAACGAUUGCCUGCUGAUCGCCACCUGGUUACCCAACCGCAGAGGCACGGUGAAGUACAAAUACAACGCCUUGUACGACCUUGAGAGCUUCGCCGUGGUGAACGUGAAGGACAACCCCCCUAUGAAGGACAUGUUCAAGAUCCUCAUGUUCCCCGACAGCCGCAUCUUCCAGGCGGAGAACAGCAAAGUGAAGAAGGAGUGGCUGGAGAUCCUGGACGAGACCAAGAAGAACAAAGCUUCCAAGGAGAAGCACAAGAAGGAGGAGGAGGUCCCCACGUCUCCGGUGCGGGCCGAGGUGUCCACCAACCCCUUCGACAUGGAGGACGAGGAAACGGUGGAGUCAGAGGACGGCGUGGAUCUCAGCCUGGAGUGGAUCCAGGAGCUGCCGGAGGAUCUGGACGUGUGCAUCGCGCAGAGGGACUUCGAGGGCGCAGUGGACCUGCUGGACAAACUGAACGAGUAUCUGAAGGACCAGCCGGCGACGCCCAGGGUGAAGGAGCUCCGGGCGAAGGUGGAUGAGCGUGUGCGGCAGCUGACGGAGGUCCUGGUGUUUGAGUUGUCUCCAGAUCGCUCCCUUCGCGGUGGACCUAAAGCCACCCGGCGGGCGGUGUCCCAACUCAUCCGACUUGGUCAGUCCACCAAAGCAUGCGAACUCUUCCUGAAGAACCGCGCCGCCGCCGUCCAGACAGCGAUCCGGCAGCUUCGCAUCGAAGGAGCCACGCUUCUCUACAUCCACAAGCUCUGCAACAUCUUCUUCACCAGCUUGCUGGAAACCGCCAAGGAGUUUGAGAUGGACUUUGCGGGAAAUAUGGGCUGCUACUCGGCCUUUGUGGUCUGGUCCAGGUCGGCCAUGACCAUGUUUGUAGACACCUUCAGCAAACAGGUGUUUGACAGUAAGGAGAGUCUGUCCACAGCAGCCGAGUGCGUCAAAGUGGCCAAAGAGCACUGCCAGCAGCUGACCGAGAUCGGCCUGGACCUGACCUUCACUCUGCAGUCACUGCUGGUUAAGGACGUCAAGGCGGCCCUGCAGAGCUACAAGGAUAUCAUCAUCGAAGCCACCAAGCACAGGAACUCAGAGGAGAUGUGGAGGAGGAUGAACCUGAUGACCCCUGAGGCUUUGGCCAAACUCAAGGAAGAGAUGCGCAGCUGUGGUAUCAACUUCCAGCUGUACACAGGCGACGACUGCUGGGUCAACCUCAGUUACACGGUCGUAGCCUUCACCAAGCAGAUGAUGAGCUUCCUGGAGGAAGGCCUGAAGCUCUACUUCCCUGAGCUGCACAUGGUGCUGCUGGAGAGCCUACGGGAGAUCAUCCUGGUGGCCGUGCAGCACGUCGACUACAGCCUGCGCUGCGAGCAGGACUCCGAGAAGAAGUCCUUCAUCCUGCAGAACGCCAGCUUCCUGCACGACACCGUGCUGCCGGUGGUGGAGCGGCGCUUCGAGGAGGCCGUGGGCAAGCCGGCCAAGCAGCUGCAGGACCUGAGGAAGAGCACGAGGCCAGUGCGGAUCAACCCUGACAGCACCACUUCCUUGGUGUGAGGCGGUCAGGAACGCCCACGCAUCCGUUCCCUCCCUGCAAUUUCACAGCUGACUGAAACACUAAUUACUGCUUUUGGUUGUGAGGCUGCAGCAGCAGCAGCAAAAUGAAAACAGUACGCACAACUUUUCUGUUCUCACAUAAAGGUUUAUUUUAGUUUAUGAAAAUAAUUCCUCUUCAAGAGUUGGACAUAGCAAAUACAUUGCAAAACCAAAAUCUAAGCAAGUAUUUUAGUGUAGUUUCUAGUGUAAAUAUCUUACUACACUUAAAAUAAUAAGCUAUAGAAGCUUGUUUUAUGUCAAUAAUUCCCUAAUAUUGAUGAAAAGUUCCAGUUCUAUUGGCAGAUUAUUUCACUUAUAACAUGGGAAAAAUGUCUUGUUAUAAGUAAAAUAAUCUGCCAGUGGAAUUAGUAAUUUCUCUGCAAUUUUAAGAAAUUAUUGACUUAAAACAAGCUCCUAUAUCUUCCCGAGAAGUUACUGAUGUGUAAGUUUUGUCUUAUGUCAAGAGGACUAAGAGAUUUGCGCUGGAAACUAGACCAAAAUUACUUGAUAAGAUUUUAUGUUUUUGCAGUGUAUGCACUUUAUGCUUCUUUGCCUCUUUCAUUUUUUGCCAAAUUUAAUAAUCAAAUGCAGAUUUUUAAAAAUGUUUGCAUAAAACAAAGAUAUUUGCUUCAGAUUAACAAGUUUACGAACCAGUAAUGUUGAUUUUCAUGUUGUAAAAAUACAUGAGGUGUUUAUGAUGGUGUAUUAGGGCCAUCAUAGAUUAAAAAAAACAAAAGGAGUAAAUUUCCAACAAAAAAUGUCAGAAAUUUUCUAGAUAAAUCUUGGAAAUUUCUGUUUCUUACAAAAUUUGUAAGAAGAAAAUAGGGAGAUUUUGAGAUUAAUCUCAGAAAUUUUCUUGAAAAAAUAUUUUCUGAGUUUGAAAAGUGAAAAAUUGUCAAAUUUUGAGACUCAGAAAAUUUUCAAGUCUAGAAAAUUUCUGAGAUUAAUCUCAAAAUUUGAUUUUUUUUCUAGGAAAUAUAUAUAUAAUUUUUCAAAAAGAUUUCUGAGAAUAAUCUACAAAUUUCUGAGUUUAUUCUUGGAAAUUUAGCCUCUUUAUUUUUUAAAUCUACAGUGGCCCUAAUCCGCCGUCGUAGAUGUGUUGUUUGAUCAUGUAAAUUUUGAGGCGGCCAUUUUGUAUGUUGGAUGAUUAAAAGGGAUGAAUAAACAACUCCAUUAUGUCGAA